AAUUUCACGGCGCAAACUAGUAACUCGACUGCCAGGCGGCAGAACACAUUUUCGCGCAGCUGCUUUUGCGGGUUAGUCAGUCAUAUUUACCGGUUGCGUAGAUCUGCUCAUUUUUAAAUAGCAACCAAGCUUCGCAUUAAUUGGCCGUUAAGUGAGUGUUUUCAAAUCAUAUAUAGUUCUUUUAAAAAAUCAACUGUAGACACCGUUGUAACAAACACAGUGACAGCGGCAUUAUUACUUCGAAACUGUACAGAACACGAACGUGUGAUCGGCGCGCUCUUGCUUGCUGAAGAGCUUCCUUUUAUGGCGGAAAUUGGAGUCGUCGAGGAAUGUUCAGACCCCAGCAACAUGGCUGCACUGAGAGCUGCUAAAAACGCUUUGCGUGCGAAUAUAAAAAAGAGGAUUGCUGCACUCGGCGAACAAGAAAAACUCAGACAAUCGGAUGUAGUUACGCGGAAGCUGAUGGUACACCCCAAGUAUCACAGCUGCCAAAGAAUUGCCAUCUUUCUGAGCAUGCCAGACGAGAUACGCACGGAGAAGAUCAUUGACGAUAUUUUUCAGAAGGGAAAGGCCUGCUUUAUCCCCAAAUACCAGUCAAAGAGCAACCACAUGGAUAUGGUGAGGCUGGCCACGGCGCUGGAAAUUCGCUCCCUGCCUCUGACGACCUGGAACAUCCAUCAGCCUUCUGAAGAUGAUGAAAGGGAAGAUGCCUUAGCAACAGGUGGACUUGAUUUGAUUCUUAUGCCUGGCCUGGGAUUUGACAAAAAUGGCAACCGCCUGGGCCGUGGAAAGGGAUAUUAUGACAGUUUCUUGGAGCGAUGCCUGAAGCACCCUAAAGGAAAACCCUACACCAUUGCGCUGGCUUUUAAAGAGCAGGUCUGUGAGGAGAUUCCUGUCACCGAGAACGACAUACAAAUUGACGAAAUAUUAUAUGAGUGCACUUAGCUGUGGUUUCAAAUAAAACGGCUCCAGUUGUUCCUCUUUGUA